CAAUUCAUUUAGAUUUUAUUUAUUAUUUAACUAAUAUUGCUUCUUUUUGUGCAUACUAGGUAACAACAUGCCGCGAAGAAAACGAUUCAGAGAUGUUGAGUUUCAAUACACGUCCGUGGGAUCUUCUUCCGAUCAGUCCCUACAGUCUCAGCAGCCCCAGCAGCCUGACGAGCCCCAGCAGCACGAGUCCCAUUUUCAGCAUGAGUCUCACUCUCAGCACGAGUCUCAGUUUGAGCACGUGCCACCUGCUGAUUGUCCAGACAUGGAUGACGUGAACAUCCAGGAUGGACUAGGAAGAGUGAGGAGGACACGAGGACCCACUCGAGCACGGGACGUGUGGAGCCUAUGCGAGGAUGAGAAGAUUGUGGUACAUUGUAAUGAAUUGGGGCAGCCUAUCAAGAGGGCUGCAAGCAUUUUAUCGACUUUUCUAUGAUCGGUUGCGCGGAAGGGUCAGUUGUGUCCGCUCAAUUAUACGAAAU